CAGCUUGGCACCACGCCACACCUGGAGGAGACCAUGGAGCAGCAAGAUGAUGAGUCCCUGGAGUCCCUGCAGGCCGGUGUGGAGGAAGAGUCUAUCACACACCAAAGGCUAGCAUUUCCCCUGAUAAGCUGGAAGCCAGUAGGUCCUAGUGAUUCUCUGCUCUCUGCCCCUCUGAGCUGGGGUUACAGAACUUUGUUCUACCCCAAGAGAUGAUCAUUGAAGUGGAGGGAGAAGAUGCUGGGUCACCGGACAUCAUGCCUCAGGAAAGCACAGACUUCAAGAUUGUGACUGUGGACCUUACAGAGGAGGCACAGAGCACGUGGAACAAUGCCCAGAGAACCCCAGAGAAAACUGUGACCCUGGAAGGCCAUAGGGACCUGUGGGACUUGCCAGCUGUACAUGGAACAGAAGGAGCAACCUCAAAGCAGACAGUCUUCGAUGAAGAACCAUCCCAUGGAUUGAAGCUAGAGGGGUUGGCAAGAGAUGAUCCUUGGCUGUCAUCAUGUGAAGAAGCCCGAGACUGUAAGGAGCAGUUGGAGAAACAACCGAACAAGCAAGAGGAGGUGGCCUUUACCCAGGGUAGCGCUGGUUCUCCUGAUACUGUCUACAGGGGUCAUGACCUUGACAGGAGUUGCCCGAGUACCAGCCGGCCUUCAUUCCCCAUGAUACCCCUCAGAAACCAUUGCCAUAAACAGGCGUCACAUGUUAAAAAGUUACAUGGUGAUGGCGUUGCAAACAGUCACCAAAAGGUCAGCGAGAACUCAGAUCUCCUUGAAGAUGACACAGCUGGGGAAGCUCCUCGGAACAUUCGUCCCUCUCAGUUCAUAAGCAGCCCACAAGGAGAGAAAGCCUAUGAACGUAAUGGUCAUGUUCAACCUUUUGGCCGAGGUGCGCCCCUAAAUCUAAAUGAAAAAGUUCGUUUGGAAGGUAAAACCUUUGGCUUUAAAGGGCGCGGGCAAGUUUUAAACCAUAACGUGGUCCUCAGUGGGCCUCAGAAGCUUCUUGUUCAAGAGGGUCAGGAUACACGUAAAACUGCCCCAAGUCCGUCUCUCCCUCAAAGCCUGAGAAACUACUGUGAGGAGAAGCGCUUUGAGUGUAAGUACUGCGGCAAGUCCUUCAGCUGGAGCUCACAUCUCAUUGCACACCAAAGAACCCACACGGGGGAAAAGCCCUACAAAUGCAACCUGUGUGGGAAGUUCUUCACCCGGAGCUCGCAUGUUGUUUCUCAUCAGAGGAUUCACACCGGAGAGAAACCGUACAGGUGCAAUCUGUGUGGGAAGUCCUUUACCCAGAGAUAUGUUCUUGUGGUACAUCAAAGAACUCACACUGGCGAGAGGCCUUAUGAGUGCACCCAGUGUGGGAAGUCGUUCCGCCAGAGCUACAAACUCAUCGCACAUCAAAGAACCCACACAGGAGAAAAGCCAUACGAAUGCACCCAGUGUGGGAAGUCGUUCCGCCAGAGCUACAAACUCAUCGCACAUCAAAGAACCCACACAGGAGAAAAGCCAUACGAAUGCACCCAGUGUGGGAAGUCGUUCAUCCAGAGUUACAAGCUCAUCGCGCACCAGAAAAUUCAUUCUGGAGAAAAACCUUAUGAGUGCAGUCACUGUGGCAAGUCCUUCAGCCAAAGCUAUAAACUCGUUGCACAUCAGAGGACUCACACCGGCGAGAAGCCCUUCGAGUGUAAUUACUGUGGGAAGUCGUUCAGCUGGAGCUCGCAGCUUGUGUCGCAUCAGAGAACCCACACAGGAGAGAAACCGUACGAGUGUAACGAGUGUGGGAAGUCAUUCAACCGGAGCUCACACCUUGUCAUGCAUCAGAGAACUCACACUGGAGAGAAGCCGUAUCAGUGCAAGCAGUGCGGGAAAUCCUUCAGUCAGAGCUACGUUCUCGUCGUUCAUCAGAGGACACACACUGGGGAAAAGCCCUACGAGUGCGGCCAGUGCGGGAAGACGUUCAGGCAGAGCUCCUGCUUUACUCAGCAUCAGAGGACUCACACUGGAGAGAAGCCCUACGAGUGUAAUCAGUGUGGGAAGACAUUCAGCCUAAGUGCCCGGCUUAUCGUCCACCAGCGAACUCACACUGGGGAAAAGCCCUACAAGUGCAGCCAGUGUGGGAAAGCCUUUAUUAGCAGUUCUAAGCGCAGUAGGCACCAGGCUACUCACAGUGAGGAGACCUGUAAGUCCUGACCAGUUGAGAGUCAGAGCUGAUGCUGACUCCUGGACUGAUCCAGUCCUCUCAAGUUAUGUGGGAAGGAAUGCAUUUGGCAGGAAGUGGCAGUGUGAGAAGAAUGCACAUAGACCCUUUCCUUACCCCUGUGUCGAUGAUAGGAGUAAAGCCUUCAGUUUGGCAGAUGUGGAUAAGAGGUCUCCGGAGAAGAAAAACUGUUACACACGGGCAGGGGUGUGUUCUUGAAUGACUGGCAGAAGUUGUUUCCCAAAGCACUUCGUACAGAGAAGGCAGAAGCUAGACUUAGAAAAACUGAAUGUUAGAUCAAAUCCUGCAAGUUUAGUGCAGAAGCCCUCUAGUUUGAGUUCUGGCCUGGUCUUUGAGAGCACAGCUUCUCUGUUGCAAAGCUGACACUCUGUAAAUUUAGUUCAGGAGGUAUGUGUUCUAAAAUGCUCUUACUUAGGAAAGUAACUGCUGGCCAUCAGCUUUGCUCUCCUGCCUUUGGCUCUUCUCCUUCCUGCUACUAGGUGGCUGAGCCACGGCCUCCCACCUCAUCUCCCCUUCAGAGUCUUCAGACUUACUCACUGCAGGCAGAUGAGCCCCUUAAUCCCUCAUUUAUGCAGGCUUAACCAAUCAGGUUCCAGUCAUAGCCAAACGUAAGCUCCCCUGGGAGUAUCUUACUGCUCUUGAAAGAGCUGCUUUUCUAUCUCAAAGCUUUGCUUGCUCUUCUGCUGUCCUCACUAGUCAUUCCGUGCCAUCAGGAGACAACAUAGGAGCCACUGCCGCAGAGUGACGGGUCGCCAUUGAGUUGUCAGGGCCCUAGUCUCUAAACUAAGCUCAUUCUGAGCCAAGGAAUGGACUCCCUAUUUAACCCUCAAAGAUCCCUACAGUGUUCCUGUAGAUGCUGGCCAUGAGCUGCCUGUUUCAGGAAAUCCACAAGCAAAGUCAAGCUUGGACUAGCAUGGAGGUAAGCCCAUGCUAAAAACCCAUCACUAGUGAGUGAAGCUAAAGGACUAUUCAAGACCAGCCUGUGCUACAUAGCAAGACUGUCUUGAAAGAAAGAGAAAGAAAAGAAAGGAAACAAGCUUGUCCUAUGUGUACUCCCACACACAUAUUAAAUGCUGGUUCUUUUCCCUGUAUAAAGAAAGCACUGAUUUCAGAAUCUCAGAGAACCUAAAUCUAAAACCAAUGGCCUUUCCUAAAAAAGACAUAAGUGAACAGUUGACUGGUGGACGUGUUGUGCUGACUCAUCUUAGACCUUCCACUGGAUCACGGUAUUUGACCGUGUCAGUAUGCACAGUUGCCCUGAUUGGUAGUUUGUUAUCUGUUUUGUACACUUCUGUUACAAGUGAAGAUUUUCUACAACUAAGGCUAACGACCAGUUGAAAUGAAACACAUGCCAAGAGUGUAGAGACUCUCUGGAACCUGAGAAAAUGUUUAUGUAUAGCCUGAAGUUGAAAAGGGAUAAUAAUCUAUUUAUUGAUACUGUUGUUUAUGUUGUUAUCUCUCAGAGAUGCAUGUUGUGCUAUAACAUGGUACAAGGAAUAAAAGUUUAUCAGAAGCAAAAAAAGAAACACAUGUCCCACUUGUUUGAUCUUUUAAAGAAUGGCCCACUAGAUGCCCUGUGGGGCUCGGUGAUUUCCACUAAGCUGAGCCUGGGCUAGUCGCUCCCCUGAGAAUAGAGUGUAGAGGAUCCCGAAAGUGAAAGUGUUUCAUUAGCAAGGAGAACUAACAG